AUGUACGGAAAUCAACAGUCAGUAUACGACUCUGUGGCCGAACUGGCCGUGUCUUCAGCUAUGGUGAUUUUUGCUCUCUUUUUCUGAUUAGUAAAUUCCUUCAGUUUUUAGCUAAAAAUAGUUAUUGGUUUUUUUUUUUCGUUUAGGCGAAUGUUCGCAACAAAAGCACAGAUGAAUUAACAGCAAUGCUUGACGAUACAGCGCAACUUGACGCGAUAAUUGAUUCGUUACCACAGGUUUUUUUAAUUGUUAUUUUCAGUUCAUGUGGUUGAAAUUUUUUCUAGGUUACUUCUGUCAGUGUAGAUAGAGAUUCAUCAUUGGCUAGGAACAAAUCGCUCGCAGAAUGGAACAUGGCUCAGCAGCCGCGAAUCGAUCAAAUUCAUUCGCAGGUUUGCAAAAAAUGAUAAUUUCAAAGUAUGCAAUACAUUUCAGAAUCUGAAGCUAUUUGAAGAAGCGUCAGCAUUGAAGGCAGAAGUGAACGAAAUGAAGAAAAGAUUAGGUGCAGUCGAUUUGAAGCUUCUUUGAGUAUAUUUUCUAUUUUCAGACGAAUUAUCUUCUUCUCGGUCUUUAGAUACAACUCACAGUUUGAUGUUGAUAUCUCAUCAGGAAGCUGAUGACGAUGCUGAGGUUUUAAUAUUCAUAUUUUGAUUGAAAAAGUCAAAAAUUAUUUUCAGAACCUCGUCAAACAAUUUCAAAAUGGCGAACUGAGUCUUGACAUCUUUUUGAGGCAAUAUAAGGAGAAAAAAAGACGUUAUCGCAUCUCAGGUUGGUUUUUCUAAAAUGCAACUGUAAAAAAAGUUUUUUUAGAAGAUUAAUUUUAUAUUUGAAUUUAAUUUUUCAACAACUUUUGUUUGCGUGUACAAGCUUACUUCGUUUUUAUGAAUUUUGUGAAUUUAAGUGUGUAUCGAUACUUGAGAUGUGUGUAAAAGUUACUUUAAACUAAUUUUCGUUUGAGUUGUCCAUGGAGCGCAAAAUGUUCAAUUUCUAACGGCUAAUUCCUGAGUACCACUUUAUUGUCUGAAGUGACUUGAAUUCAUGAAAUUUUCACUAUUUUUUGUAUUUUUUUUUUCGGUUUUUAUGUUGAACCAUAUUUAUAAUCCUGUCUUGUUUCGAGAAAAAUAUACAAAUUUUUAGAAAUUUUUUUAGAUCUACAUGACUAUACCCGUCUUGUAGUUGAUCUUUUAAAGACAAUUUUGUCAAAAUUCACAGUUUUUUUUAAUAUUAAUCGCAAAUAAGCAAAUUAUUUUAUGUUUCAAAAGUUUCUCCUUUUCCCAGGAAAAUCAAGGCGGACCGUAUCAAUGCGAUAAUCCGGGAGCAACAGGGCUACGGGACGAUCGGAAGCAGUGGCCCCCCACAGCCGAUGACGUCAUCGCAAGGAUUCCAGAUGCCCGGGUACCCCAACUUGACGUCAUACGGAUAUCAGGCUCCGAUGGGCGGUCCAUCCAAACAUCCCUUCUUCUAA